AUGGCGUUGGAGUUGGAAGGCGUUCGCUGGCUGUUCUUCGACCUCGGCUACACGCUCAUCAACGAGGACGCGGCAGCGAUGGGCAGGCUGAGCCAGGCGUCGGAUGCGCUGAAGCAGCGAGGCAUAGAUGCAUCUACCGACAAACUGCACGACGCACUUGAGGCAGCAUCUGCUCGCUUCGACCCGAGUCCCUUCGGCAAUGUGCUGCAAGCCUUCACCGAUGACGAAGAUGUCAUAGCCUUCGUGCGAUCUUCCGGCAGGUAUCCGAAGGAAUUGGAAGCGCCGUAUCCGCAGGCUCAGCGACUGCUGGCGCGGCUUGAAGGACGAUACCAACUUGGCAUCAUUGCUAAUCAGCCGCCCGGCACGGCUGAGCGCCUGCAAGCAUACGGGCUGUCAGGCUACUUCGAGGUGUGCGUCUCGUCCGGCGACAUAGGAAUCAGCAAGCCCGACGCCGCGAUAUUUCAUCUUGCGCUUGAGCAGGCGGAGUGCGCGCCUGGCGAUGCCGUAAUGGUCGGCGACAGGCUGGACAACGACAUACGCCCUGCGAAGAGCGCUCGGCUUCCGCACGGUGCGAAUCCUUCAGGGGCCAGGACGGUUGCAGCAGCCAGCGUGAGGAUGGGGAGACGCCGGACGCCACGGUUGCGGAUUUGGACGAACUUGCAGCCCUGUUCGAUGUUGAUGCUGGCGGGUGAUGAGGCGGAUUAG